CAACAAGGCUAUCAGUUACGUCAUGAGCUCGGUGGACUUUAGAUCGUGUUCGCAGGUCUGAGGGAGGGACGCUCCUAGACUCCACCUGCGUACGGCCGAGACGGAUGACACACAAUGGCCAAGUUUCUGUCUCAGAAUCAGAUUAAUGAAUUUAAAGAAUGCUUCUCGCUGUACGAUAAGAAGCGGAACGGGAAAAUCGAAGCCAAGGACCUGAUCACAGUGAUGCGUUCCUUAGGCACCAGUCCCACUUUCAACGAGGUGGACCGACACCUACAGGUCCAUAAAAUAGAUAAAAUGGGCGAGUUGGACUUCUCUACCUUCCUGACCAUCAUGCACAGACAGAUGCAGCAGGAAGACCCCAAGACGGAGAUCCUGGAGGCCUUGCGCAUGACGGACAAGCAGAAGAAGGGCUACAUCCUGGCGUCGGAGCUCCGCGCCAAACUCACAGGCCUGGGGGAGAAGCUCACUGAUAAAGAAGUGGACGAGCUGUUUAAAGAGGCCAACGUCGGCCCUGACGGCCUUAUUCGCUACGAGGAGUUUACCAGGAUGGUCACCCUGCCUCCUGUCGACUACUGAAGGACCAAACAGGAAGUGCCUGGACUUGUCUGUGUCUGUUUACCAAGUUCUGUGUGUCAGUUAUAUUAAAUCAGCAGUCAUAAAAAAAAAGUGCUUUCAUAUUAAUUCAAAGUUCUUAGUCUUUCCUUAAUGGAAAAAAAUCCACAUCUUGCCAAGACUUUUUUCUAGAUUGACUUUUUUUUUUUUAAACCCUUUAAGGUCUUUAACUGUAGAAUGAAAAGGAAAACUGGGAAAUGUGAUCUAAUAUUUCAUUAGUAGACUGUAAAUCAAACAUUAGAUUAUUAGCUCUAUUUCUAUACAUUUUCUGAUCUAAUUCCGAGUUUUUGUUGGCAGAUAAUUCGGCUUAUUUCAACAACUUAUUUAUAGAAAGAAAUAAAAUUACCUGCCAACAGAGAAAGACAACUUUCAGCUUGAAAUCAGUAAAAACAGGCUCAACAAUCUUAGAUUUCUUAUGAUAUACAGUUAUAACACAUCACUUUAUCACACACUUUCAUUUUACAUUUAUUUGUCUUGUUAAUGUCAAGACAAAAAAAGAGAGUCUGGUAAAUGACUGUUGAACUAACUUGUUUCAUGGACGUUCCACAACAUUAAAUGUAACAAUAAAUGGAUAAAAAAAAA